GGCAUCAAGACGAAGGGCAGCCUGGCUUCUCCUCCUUUAAUCCUUGUCUGCCCACCCCUCCCCCAGUACUCCCUCCCAUUGACCAGUGUCCUGGGCCUUUAAGAGUUGGAAGGGCUGGACUGAGGCGAGAGCUCAUACCUCUCCCCUCCCUACUCCUUCCCUUUGGCUGCAAGUCCGCCAGUCACAGCAGCAAACUGCGGUAGAAAAGGGGAGGAAGCCAGCGAGCCAGCGAGAGAGGAGAGAGAGAGCCCAGCUGGGUUUCCUCGUCCCACAGGAGAGAGCAUCGCACAGCUCACAGACACAGGACCACUCUCCUGCCCACGGUGACUCUGGCACCAGCUGGUGGAGCAGUGGGUGAUGGCGUCUCUGAUGCAAGGCCGGCUGCCCAUCAGUGAAGAUUUGCUGCUGAUGCAGAAAGGCACGCUGAUGCGCAAGGUGAGGUCCAAAGGCUGGAAGAAGCUAAGAUACUUCAGACUUCAGGAUGACGGCAUGACGGUCUGGCACGCCAGGCAGGCGGGAGGCACUGCCAAGCCCACCUUCUCGAUUUCUGAUGUGGAGAGCGUGCGGGAGGGCCAGGAGUCCGAGCUGCUGCGCAGCCUGGCGGAGGAGCUCCCCCUGGAGCAGGGCUUCACCAUCGUCUUCCAUGGCCGCCGCUCCAACCUGGACCUGGUGGCCAACAGCGCCGAGGAGGCCAAGAUAUGGAUGCAGGGACUGCAGCUUCUGGUUGACUUUGUCACCGGCAUGGACCAACAGGAGCGGCUGGACCAAUGGCUGAGUGACUGGUUCCAGCGUGGAGAUAAGAACCAGGAUGGCCGGAUGAGUUUCCAGGAAGUCCAGCGUUUACUGCACCUGAUGAACAUGAAAAUGGACCAAGAAUAUGCCUUCCAGCUUUUCCAGGCAGCAGACAUGUCCGAGUCUGGGACUCUGGAGGGACAAGAGUUUGUAGAGUUCUAUAAGGCGCUGACUAAGCGUACAGAGGUGCAAGAGCUGUUUGAAAACUUUUCGGCGGAUGGGCAGAAGCUGACCCUGCUGGAAUUUGUGGACUUCCUCCAAGAGGAGCAGAAAGAAGGAAAGCGAGCUUCUGACCUUGCUCUGGAACUCAUCGACCGCUAUGAGCCCUCAGAUAGUGGCAAAUUGCGACACGUGCUGAGCAUGGACGGUUUCCUCAACUACCUCUGCUCGAAGGAUGGAGAUAUCUUCAACCCAACCUGCCUCCCGGUUUACCAGGAUAUGACUCAACCCCUGAACCAUUACUACAUCAACUCCUCUCACAAUACCUACCUCGUGGGGGACCAGCUUUAUGGCCAGAGCAGCGUCGAGGGAUACAUACGGGCCCUGAAGAGGGGGUGCCGCUGUGUGGAGGUGGAUAUAUGGGAUGGACCUAGCGGGGAACCUAUCGUUUACCAUGGACACACACUGACCUCCCGCAUCCCAUUCAAAGAUGUCGUGGCCACUGUGGCGCAGUACGCCUUCCAGACAUCAGACUAUCCAGUCAUCUUGUCCCUGGAGAACCACUGCAGCUGGGAGCAGCAGCAGGUCAUGGCAUACCAUCUGACCGAGAUCUUGGGGGAGCAGCUGCUGAGCACUACCUUGGAUGGGCUGCUGCCCACUCAGCUCCCCUCGCCCGAGGAGCUUCGGAGGAAGAUCCUGGUGAAGGGGAAGAAGUUAAGGACACUUGAGGAGGAUCUUGAGGAAGAGGAAGAGGAGGAAGAGCUAGAGUGCGAGCUGGAGAGGGAGCAGGAAGCCGACACAGAGCUGGAGGCCCAGCUGGAGUCUGAGUCCCAGGAGUUGAGCCCGCGCAGUAAGGACAAAAAGAAGGAGAAGAAAUCCAAACCCAUCUUGUGCCCAUCCCUCUCUGCCCUGGUUGUCUACUUGAAGUCUGUCUCAUUCCACAGCUUCACUCAUUCGAGGGAGCACUACCGCUUCUAUGAGACCUCCUCUUUCUCUGAAGCCAAGGCCAGAAGCCUCAUCAAGGAGGCCGGCAACGAGUUUGUACAACACAAUGCCUGGCAGCUAAGCCGUGUGUACCCCAGCGGCCUGAGGACAGAUUCGUCCAACUACAACCCCCAGGAACUCUGGAACGCUGGCUGCCAGAUGGUAGCCAUGAACGUGCAGACUGCGGGGCUGGAGAUGGACAUCUGUGACGGGUUCUUCCGCCAGAACGGUGGCUGUGGCUACGUGCUGAAGCCCGACUUCCUGCGUGAUGCCCAGAGCUCCUUCCACCCUGAGCGGCCCAUCAGCCCUUUCAAGGCCCAGACCCUCCUAAUCCAGGUCAUCAGCGGGCAGCAACUCCCCAAGGAGGACACGAGUAAAGAGAGGUCCAUCGUGGAUCCACUGGUGAGAGUGGAGAUCUUUGGCGUCCGCCCAGACAAAAGCCGGCAAGAGACCAGCUACGUGGAGAACAACGGGUUUAAUCCAUACUGGGGGCAGACGCUGAGCUUCCAGGUCCUGGUGCCCCAGCUGGCCCUGCUGCGUUUUGUGGUCGAGGACUACAACCGGAAAUCCCGAAAUGACUUUAUCGGGCAGUACACGGUGCCUUGGAGCUGCAUGCAGCAAGGCUACCGCCACGUACACCUGCUCUCCAAGGAUGGCAUCAGCCUCCACCCGGCUUCCAUCUUCGUGCAUAUCAGCAUCCGGGAAGGGCCGGAGGGGGAUGAAUCCUAAGGUGGGCCCUUCUUGGGAAGGGUGGGUGCACUGGCUUGAGAUGGUAAGAAAAACCUGGAAGGACGCUCCCGAAAGCAGAGAGAGGUGGUGAAAACCAUCAUUUUGGACUGUGCAUUCCUAAGCACGAAAAUUACCUCACUCUUCCUAACAAGCACACCUACGGCCUGAUUUUUCACUCUCUUCCCUUUCUUC